UGACAAACCUUUCUUUGCUAAAAAGCCUCUGUGUACAGCAUAAUAACUCGUAACGCAACGCGGAGUCUUUACAUUAUGACGAAAAUAUGUUUUUGUUCGUUCGUCAGUUUGUAGGUCAGAAACCAGGUUGCUUAAUAUAGGAGAUAAAAUUAUAUAUACGAUAUACUCAGUGUGUUGUGUGUGAUAUUACAGCGACCCGCUACAUACAAACAUAGUUCAGUAGUCCAGCAACAACUCGUAGGACAUAAUGCUGAAGUUAUUCGAUAACUCAAUGAUACAAAUAUUGUUAAAAAUACCAUGGGUUUGAUUCGUCGUGUGACUCAGAUGUGUUGAUAAACAGUGUGAACAGUGUGCUGCAGUUUCGUAUCAGUUGCCUUGUUCUGUUUCUUGAGGUACAGAAAUAAAUAUUUGUUGUGUUUAAAAAAACACAAAAAAACAAACAACAACACAAAAAUGAAUUGGACUCUUGUUUUGUUGGUAUUCGUUGUUUGGAGUACAUUUCACGUUUUCGCAGUUGAAGUACUUGAACUAUCAACGAAUUUAUCGAGCACAGAGUAUGGCCGUACAUUUACCCUUGUGUGUACCGUCAAAGGGGAAAAUCGAGCAGAUGAAGCCAUAACAUUUGUGCGGAAUAAUAAAACGAUUUGUAAACGACGUGCGUAUAAGUCUAAUAUUCAAACAAAACCAUUUGAAUGUGCAAUAUAUUACAACACAACACAAGAAUAUCAGUGUGAGUGUGAUGCAAUUCACGCGAACACGAAGAUCUACAGCGUAACAAUCAAGUCAUUUACAGCAAUCGUGGAAGCACAUUGGGUCUGUAGUUCUGUCAGUGUAAAUGACAACAUACUUCUUACGAGUAACGUCGUUUACCUCAAUUAUGUUAAUCAUUCAGCAAAUAGGACGACUCCUUACUCUGAAAAUGUGACAACUAUUUCCAGUACCUCUACAACAAGUGAGUUGGCUGAUGAUUCUCGUUCUAAUCCGGUACUAAUUCCGGCUGUUUCCGCCGCGUGUGGAGCCGUCAUUGUAUUGGUCGUAAUUGUUGUGGCCGUUUAUAUCAUCAAGAAAAGGAUAAACUCGAGACAGUACGGACCUAUGGAUAAUAAGAAUAUUGGACACAAUUACGCGGAACAAAACAACACACAGGGAAGAAAAGAGCCAGUGAUGGAGGACAACGAGUUAUAUUUCAUGUCGAAAGAUUCGCCCAAACGCAGAAGAAAACCAGUAAUGAUAGACAACGAUAUUUAUACACUCGGAAAUGGUGAUGAAGAAUUACACGAUAAACCCGAAGACGUCGGUGAUAUGUACUCAGUCGUCAAUAAACACGGCAAAACUAAAGGAGACCCUCUUCAAAAACUCACAGACGAGGAAAUAAGCGCCAUGUAUGCAGUUGUCAAAAAGGAUACGAAGUCUGUGGCGGAUAAUAAGGGCAAGGAUAUGCGGACCAAUGAAAAACGAGAAGACAACGAGUUGGCAGAAGAUAUGUCUGACAUGUAUACACAAGUGAAUAAAAAUAAAAUGAAGAACAAGAAGUAAAACCAAACUUGGAAAG